GAAGGUCAAAGCGCCGAUCAGCAGAGCAAGAGAGAAGAAAGGAAUGCUCCUUCGAUCCCUCACCUUUCUCCCUCGUCUUCGCGUCUCGGCGCCGCAGCCCUGUGUGGUGUGUAAGAGCAAAAUGAGUGGAUCAUCAGGACAAAUUUUCCCUAGGUUCAUUUAUCUGGAAGAUGGAGGGGACAUCACAAGAUGUUACAAAUUCCGCCUUGUCUCAUAUAAUAUUUUAGCGCAGGUAUAUGUGAAGAGCUCCAAUUUUCCAGGCUCUCCAUCUUCUUGUCUCAAGUGGAAAAUUCGUUCACAAGCUAUUUUGACUGCCUUGAAGAGCUUUAAUGCUGAUUUCCUCUGCAUACAGGAGUUAGAUGAAUAUGACAGCUUCUACAAAAGCAACUUAGAGAGCACUGGAUAUUCAGGCAUUUAUAUUCAGAGGAAUGGGCAAAAACGUGAUGGAUGUGGAAUUUUCUACAAGCCUAAUUGUGCCAAAUUGGUCUCCAUGGAAGAAAUAUAUUACAACGAUCUUGCAAACUCUUUGAACUUGGAGUCGACGGACACAUCAGAAAGAGAAUUUUCAGACAAGGACAAUCAUAGUGACCAUGGAGAUCUUAAUGAUCCACGUAUUAGGCUUAAACGUGACUGUGUGGGUUUACUAGCAGCGUUCAAGCUUAAUGAUCCUUCUCAUCAUCUGGUCAUCAUGGCAAACACUCACAUUUAUUGGGACCCAGAAUUAAUUGAUGUUAAGCUUGCACAAGUGAAGUAUCUUCUACUGAGGGUUGCUCAGUUUAAGGAAGCUGUAUCAGAUAAAUAUGGUUGCUCCCCCUCUGUCAUUAUUGCUGGUGAUUUUAACUCAACCCCUGGGGAUAAGGUUUAUGAGUACAUGAUAUCAGCAUCCACUAUUCAGCUGCACAGUCUCUAUGGGUGUAAUGGCGGAGAGCCUCCAUUUACAAACUGCACUACUGGCUUCACAGGGACGCUGGACUACAUAUUCAUAUCAAACACCAACUCCUUGAAACCGAUCAGCCUUCUCCAACUUCCAGGACCUGGAUCACCUGAUGUUAUUGGCGGGCUGCCCAACCACCAACACCCCAGUGACCAUCUACCAAUUGGCGGAGAUUUUGAAGUUCUCAGUUAUUCAAACUGUUCAACAUCCAAGCCAUUGGAAGAACCUCUUCCUGAAAUUAAUAAGCUGAAACUUGACAAUGGACAGUAGGGGUAUACGAGCGUCGCCUGAAUGCAUUGCCGAAUUGCUGUAAAGAAGAUUUCAAGGAUUGAGGAACCUACUUGAAUGCUGGUGGCAUGAUCCACCGCGGUUUGCUUGUGGUUGUGAACCACUUUUAAAUCAAAAUUACUGAAGCAAUAAACCAAGUAUUUAAUCCUACAAAUUCUUUUUUACUACAAUGUGAAGGGUAAGUUGUAACGGAGUUUAAUCUGAUCCCCGUUUCUGAGGUCUGCUGAAGUAGCAUGAAAGGAACCUUAGAACAUAUAGAUUGAGAAUGAUCCCUGACAAAUUGCCCAAGUUCA